AUGGACAUGACCGGCCAGGAAGAAUACCCAGCCAAAAUCGGCAUAAUCAUUUGCAGCACCAGAACACCACGAGUCUGUCCCCAAAUCACCCAAUUCGUCCUAGACACAAUCCAAUCCACAAAGCACCAAGACACCACCAUUCCAACCCCAGACAUAAUCGACCUCGCAGAAUGGAACCUCCCCUUAUUCAACGAAUCAAGCAUCCCCUCCCAAAUCAAAGACCCAUCCCAAUACGACCACGAUCACACGCGCGCCUGGAGCGCCGAAAUCACCCGCUACCAUGCCUUCAUCUUCGUCGUUCCGCAGUACAACUGGGGAUAUCCGGCCGUUAUCAAGAACGCCAUUGACUACCUUUAUCACGAGUGGAGUGGGAAGCCGGCAUUCGUUGUUAGUUACGGGGGUCAUGGGGGUGGAAAGUGUAAUAGACAGUUGAGGGAGGUUUUUAGGGGUGUGAGGAUGGAGGUUAUUGAGAGGAAUGUUGAGUUGGCGUUUCCUGGGAGGGGGGUGUUGGAGAGAGCAGCGAAGGGGGAAGAUAUUGGGCUUGCGAAUGGGAGUGGGAGUGGGGGUAAGUUGGGGUUUUGGGAAGAUGAGAGAAGGGGCAUUGUGGAUGCGUAUAGGGAGCUUUUGCAGGUGUUGUCUGGUCGUGUUUAG